CAAAAUAAAAUAAAUAAAUAAAGAAGUUCGUAUCUGGUUCUCUCUUUUCUUCUCUUCUCUCAUCAAACAAACACAUAUUCCUUUCUUUCUCUUAAAAAAACAAAAGUCUCUGAAAAAUCACUUUCAGAAAACAUGUAGUAACUGCCUCAACCGAUGUCGAUUCAACAGGGUGGUCAAAGGAUUGGACAAUUGAAUAGGGAGUAUUGAAGAACAGAAGAGGAGAUGAAAGGGGAGUCAUCGGGGUUGAUUAUUGGGAUUUCCAUAGGCGUGGUGAUUGGAGUGGUUUUGGCUAUUUUUGCACUGUUUUGUUUUAGGUACCAUAGGAAGCGCUCGCAGAUAGGGAAUAGCAGUUCGAGGAGAGCAGCAGCUAUCCCUAUCCGUACAAAUGGUGCUGAUUCUUGUACUAUAUUAUCUGACUCAACCAUUGGUCCGGAAUCUCCUGUGAAGUCUGGACGUAAUGGCAGGUCCUUAUGGCUUGAGGGAUUCAGGAGGAGCAAUGUGGUCUCGGCAUCUGGAAUACUUGAGUAUCCUUACAAGGAUCUGCAGAAAGCAACCCGCAAUUUCACAACUUUAAUAGGACAAGGUGCAUUUGGUCCUGUUUACAGAGCUCAGAUGUCAAGUGGUGAGACAGUUGCUGUUAAAGUGCUUGCAACUGAUUCUAAACAAGGGGAGAAAGAGUUCCAGACAGAGGUUAUGUUAUUGGGAAGGUUGCAUCACCGGAAUCUUGUGAAUUUGGUUGGAUAUUGUGCAGAAAAAGGCCAGCAUAUGCUUUUAUACGUCUAUAUGAAUAAAGGCAGCUUGGCUUCUCAUUUGUACAGUGAAGAACAUGAAGCAUUGAACUGGGAUUUAAGAGUUCAUAUAUCUUUAGAUAUUGCAAGAGGUUUGGAGUAUCUUCAUGAUGGGGCAGUUCCUCCUGUAAUACACCGUGAUAUUAAAUCUUCCAAUAUUCUAUUGGAUCAGUCCAUGAGAGCCAGGGUUGCUGAUUUUGGGCUUUCAAGAGAAGAGAUGGUGGACAAACACGCAGUUAAUGUACGGGGUACUUUUGGGUAUCUUGAUCCUGAGUAUAUAUCCACAAAGGCUUUCACUAAGAAAAGUGAUGUUUACAGUUUUGGAGUGUUGCUCUUUGAACUUAUUGCUGGCAGAAAUCCUCAACAGGGUCUCAUGGAAUAUGUUGAGCUUGCAGCAAUGAAUAUUGAGGGAAAAGUUGGAUGGGAGGAAAUUGUGGAUUCCCACCUGGAAGGGAAAUUUGAUGUGCAAGAACUCAACGAAGUGGCAACUCUUGCAUACAAAUGCAUCAACCGAGUCCCAAGAAAACGACCUUCCAUGAGGGAUGUUGUGCAAGUGCUGUCGAGGAUCAUUAAGUUGAGACACAAUAGGAAACAUCACAAAAAUUCCUUAUCUGCCACAGCAGAUGAAGUCUCCAUUGAUGUUGACCAACUAGAAACCAGGUCUCCAAUCUCUGAACACCGAAGAGAGGAAUCCAUGGAUAGCACAGUUGACACCUAUGAACUAUAGAUGAUGGUUUUUCCAUUUGUUAAUUUGUUUUGUUCCUUGGUUUCUUGGUUUUGCUUUUUGCUGUAUAUCCAGUCUAAAAGGAGUUCAAAGGCUAGCAGAUCUGUUGUAGUUCUGAUUUACUCUCAAGUGACUUAGGAUUCAGAUCAGCGUCUCAUGAAUUUUGUGCAACAUAGUUGAUAGUUGUCUUUUUCUUUAGGAAGCAUACACACUUCAUUUGGGGUGCCAUACUGGUGUCUUACCAGUAUUGUACCUUGCUGUGUCAUUAUAAUUUUUCAAAAAUUGCUUGUGUCGCCAUGUCUUA